AUGCAGAUUUAUUAUACGAGCUAUGGGUACACAAUGUAUGAAUAUCAUAGCAGUGUAAGAGAUGCCUUCGAUGGUGACGGCACAACUCUUGGUGAGAGGUUUCGCCUGAUUUUCGGUCGUUACUGGUUAUUAAAUUUUUUGUUUCCACUCUGCUGGAGUCCCCAACUACUCACAACUGAAAUCGCGACUAACUUGUUUCGUGUGAGAAGUAAACAGCUUUAG